AUGGACUCUGGAAAAAGGCUUCAAGAUUUGGGUGCUAGGCCUACCCUAGCAGGGAUCCUGCAACCUUUUCCAAGCAACGACCAAAGGAGAGGCCUACAAGAUUUGAGUGCUAGGCAUACCCUAACAGGGGCAGGGAUCUUGGAAACCUUUUUUCAAGCACUGACAAAAGAAGUUCCCACUAAAGUGAAAGAGUCCUUCGCGCCGUAG